AUGGCAUCUCCCCAAUUCCCUAUCAGAGCCAUCCGCUGGUCCUUGGACUACAACUCGUCCAACGACGACCACAAGUUGAUCACCCCCAUUUUGUUGCAGGAGCUCAACGGCCCCUGCCCAUUGAUCGCGUUGGUCAACACCCUUUUGCUUAAAUACGAGUUACAGUACAACAACGUGUUGCAGACUGACGACAACCUCGACCCCUUGCACCAGAAGAAGUUCAACAGCUUGAAUGACUUGAAAAACUUGUUGUUGACCUCCGGGUCUGCGCACGGAGGUAUCGACCUCGAUGCCCUCUUGGGCCAGAUUGCCGAAAUGCUCUUGGUUUUCAACGAGGACAAGUCGUUCGAUUACGAGGUCGACCAGCUCUUAGAAAGCUUACCUUUGUUGCACACUGGAUUGUCGGUGAAUCCCAACUUGCUCAAUGGAAACUUCGCCAGAACUGACAUGGCAAGUAUCUUGUUCGAAAUAUUUGACUUGAAAAUCAAACAUGGCUGGGUCCUCAACCAAAUUGAUAGCGAACAGGUCGAAUGGAACGCCACAGGUGAAGACACUGCCGAAGACAACUACGGCAAGUUGAUCGAAAUAUUGAAUCAGUUACAAACCUUUGACAAAGUCCAAGACUACCUAUUGUUGGAGCUGGAACAGUCUGGAGAUGUAAACGAGCAAUUGCGCAGCCAGGAUUCCAAGAAGACUUUGUUGCAUAACCAGACAUUGAUUAACAAAUGGUUAGACUUAAAUAAAACACAGCUCACCAAAAUCGGGUUGAAAAGAUUGAACCUAGACUUGUUAAACGAAGAGUUUGUGGUAUUCUUCAGAAAUAACCAUUUCAACACCCUCUUCAAAAAGAACAACCAGGAAUUUUACUUAUUAAUAACAGACUCGGCUUUUGAAAACAAAGCUAGCAAGAUAGUUUGGCAAUCCUUGAAUUCGGUGACAGGCAGUGAUGACUUAUUUUUCAAUGGUGAUUUCAUCCCAAUUUUGGAUCUUGAUCAAGACAUCGAUAAUAAUGAGGCAGACGCCGAUUUCUUACUCAGUAAGCAGUUACAGGAAGAAGAGGAUCAGGCCAUGGCGAAGACUAUUCAAGAUAGAUACGACAAGGCCGAAACUAGAGCAGCAGCAAAGGCAAAACCUACAAAGGAUAGUACUUUUCGGGGACUCAAGUCAAAAAGUAAGAAGUCCAGUGAUAAGUCUGUCGAGGUAGGAGAAACAAAGGAAGAACCAAAGAAAAAGCGUGAUUGCAUAAUAGUGUAA